UUUUUAACGUCAAAUAUUUUGAAACGAAUCUAAGUUAUUAAAACGGCUAAUAUAUUGGACGGAAUAUAUAUGACUAAUGAAGUCAAGGAAUCGAUCAAUCCAAGAAAGGUGGAAAUUUGAUAUUCUUGAUCUUGUAGGGUGUGUGGGGGGGGGGGGGGGGGUCAAUUUAUCUCAGGAGAAUAUAUACCUCAAAAAGAAUAUCAUUGAUGCAACGAAAUUAGUGGGUGUCCUCAAACCACGUCUCUUAUUGCCUUCACCUUUUAAACCCCUUAGCCAUAUUUUUCUCUCCUCAGAAAUAUUAUUUCCUUUCUUGUGUUCCAUCACAUUUCCAUUUUCAGAUCAUAAAACCUUGUUAAUUUUCUUUCUUCUUUAUUUAUGCUUCUUUUAUCAUCUAUAUAUCCCAAACCCAAGUCCUUCUUCUUUCAUACCAAAACCUUCAAGGGUUUAUUUUACAUCAUUAUUCUCUUUGUAGUCUCCUUUCUUUCCUUCAAGAAAUGGACCCCGUAGAGCUAAAUAGAAUCUUUCAAAUGUUCGAUCGCAAUGGAGAUGGAACCAUUACAAGAAAGGAGCUCCACGACUCGUUAAGAAACUUGGGAAUACACAUUGAUGAACAAGAACUCAUACAAAUGAUCGAAAAAAUAGACGUAAAUGGAGAUGGAUACAUAGACAUGGACGAAUUUGGGACGUUGUACAAGUCGAUCAUGGACGAGAAGGACGAAGAGGAGGAUAUGAGAGAAGCUUUCAAUGUGUUUGAUCAAAAUGGUGAUGGAUACAUAACGGUAGAAGAAUUGAGGUCUGUUUUAGGAUCAUUAGGAUUGAAACAAGGGAAAACUUUGGAAGAUUGUAAGAAGAUGAUCAAGAAAGUCGACGUGGAUGGUGAUGGAAUGGUUGAUUUUAAAGAAUUUAGACAAAUGAUGAAAGGUGGUGGAUUUUCAUUGAUAUGAAUGUUAUUAUUAGAUGAAAGGAAGAAAAUAAAGAAGAAAAAAAGAAAGAGAAAAAGGAAAGGAUAUAGGGUUGUAUACUUGUAUAUCCUUUUUUGUAUGUGGCCCUUUGAAAAAAAAAAAGCAAUGCAUGUCAUAUUUCUUUGA